AUUUCGAGAGUGCCAAGUACUCCUGAUGAAGCAGAAGCAUGACUGUGGAGGAAGCUUCUUUGAAAAUCUUACAGACAGAACCUACCUCCAGAGAAAGCAUGGAGGAGGGACGAUCUGGUAAAGACCUCCAAAGAAAACGCCUACUAAUUACAUCUCCUCUAAUCCUGCUUUACUCUUCCAUCAUCAUUAUUAUUGUCCUGACUACAGUUGUGAUGGUACUUUCCAUUUUUUUGUCAGUGAGAAACACGAAGACGGUCUCACAUGUUCUGUAUGUUACCUGCCCAAAAGAAUGGAUUGGAUUUGGAAAUAAGUGUUUUUAUUUUUCUGAAGACGCAAGGAAUUGGACAUUCAGCCAGACAUUCUGUACCUCAUUAGAAGCUGGUCUUGGUCAGUUUGAAACCAAGGAGGAGCUGAACUUCCUGAAAAGAUAUAAAGGCCCUUCUGACCAUUGGAUUGGCCUUAGAAGAGAAUCAUCACUUCAUGUUUGGAAAUGGACAGACAGCACUGAAUAUAACGCCUCGUACGUUUUUAGUCUUCUUUUCCUUCUAUUGUGUUUACAUGUGGUUAUGUGUGGGCGUUGUGCUUAUGGGAAAAUAAAUUUAAUAGCAUGGAAGGCUUACUGCUCUAUGAGGUGCAAAAUAGAAAUCCUUUGUAUGCUCUUCCACUUAUUAGCUGUGCCUUUGGAAACACUUAUUGUGAUUUCAAUUGGAAUCUUAGCAUAAUGAUGACAUUUGACAUAGUUUUUCCGCUUUCAUCCAUUGACUUAAACUGUGCUGAAAUCCCUAUUUAGAAUGUAGAGAGAACAGCUGAUGCACAGCAGGGGUCCUACAAUCCCAAAAAGCCACUGAAGCAUUGAUAUCCACAGACCCUCAGUCCACUCUCCCAGCGGCUGCGUCCAUUCACAAAAGGGAGGUCGUCAGGGAACCCGUGGGAAUCCCCCCUAAAUUAUCUCUGGAAGGAACUUAGGAGCAUACCUUGGAUUCUGAACACUUCAGUGGGGGUAUUUUGAAUUUAACCAUUACAUUGGAGCAGAUAAAAUAUAAGGGCCCUGUCGCUUCCAUCAAUCACAGCUAAGUCGUUUUAAGAAUUUACUAUUAAGUAAAUAGUUUUAUUUUCACACUUAUAUGAAACAGGUCAGGAGAACACUGAAAAUAAUCUUCACUGAAGGCCACUGACAAUGGAAGUAAUCAAUAAACAAUCAAUAAUAAGAAUAGAAAAGAGUUUUAUUUGAGCCAAGCUGAGGAGUAGCCCGGAAGCCUGCUUCGCAGAUUACUCUGAGAAACUGCUCCAGAGAAGCAGCGUUUCCAGCAGAGUUUUAUAUUUUAUAUUUAAUAUCUUGUCAGAACAGAGAACAUUAAACAAGUCAGGGUUACAUUUCUUCAAGGUUUCAAAUAAAAAAAAAAAAGGACCAGCAUGUACACAGCCGGCCAGUAUGGCCUUGGCCUCUGGGAAGGGAGUCUUAUCAUUGAAUGAGGACAAGCAUUGGUGUCCCAAGAAGAGGGGCAUUUAAUCUUUAUUUUUUUAUUUUUUUGCGGUACGCGGGCCUCUCACUGUUGUGGCCUCUCCCGUUGCGGAGCACAGGCUCCGGACGCGCAGGCUCAGCGGCCCUGGCUCACGGGCCGCUCUGCGGCAUGUGGGAUCUUCCCGGACCGGGGCACGAACCCGCGUCCCCUGCAUCGGCAGGCGGACUCUCAACCACUGCGCCACCAGGGAAGCCCCUAAUUUUUAUUUUUAACAUGGUCAUUCUUUACUUCUGGUCAACGUGCCCUUUUCUUUAAUAAUUAAAGCGGAUGUACAAAUGUAUGUUUGAUAGGCCACAUUUUAGAUAGCAUAAAAUUCAAGUUAACUCAUGUAUAAGCCAGAAUGACUUCCCUAUAUCUCAAAAUGUGAAAAUUUCUUUUAUCACCGCUGAUGGCAGCAGUUCACUUGGCUACAACAGCAAGCACUAGUUAAAUACCUGAUAAACAACAUAACUGGAUUUGGUAUGGACGAUGAUAAUCUUCUGAUAUUCAAGCAGGGACUCUGAGAAUAGAAAAGGAACGAAAUACAGACGUGGUAUAUAUUUACGAAGAAGCCAUAUGAAUGACAGAUUUUCACUUUUCUCUUGUUCACAUGAAAAAUACCUGGAGUAGGGGUGCUGAAGAAUACAGAGGAGGAAUGAAUGUAGAUGUCUGUCCAACCUAUGCUUUUUUAAUAUUUUUGUGUUUGGUUUUAGGUUUGUUAUCAAAGGAGUUGGGGAAUGUGCCUACCUGAAUGACAUUGGACUUAGUAGCUCCAGGAGCUACACAGAGAGAAACUGGAUUUGCAGC